UCGGACCACGGAGCUGUUCAUAAAGCAGCUGAUCGAUCAACAGCAGGUAUUAAUAGGUGGUUAUUGAUGACAGAUGGAGGACCGUAUCUCUGAACCCGAACUGGUUCUAGUCUUCAGCGGGAAACGGAAGUCCGGAAAAGAUUAUGUGACGGACCUGAUCCAGGACCGUCUAGGUCCGGGUCUUUGCUGCGUCCUGCGUUUGUCCGGACCUCUCAAACAGCAGUACGCUCAGGAACACGGCCUGGACUUGGACCAGCUGCUGGGCCCAGGUCAGUAUAAGGAGCGGUACCGGACCGACAUGAUUCGCUGGGGAGAAACUCGGCGACACCGGGACCCCGGGUUCUUCUGUCGCCUAGCAACCAGGGGAGCACGGCAACCAGUCUGGGUGGUGAGUGACGCACGGAGGAAGUCAGACCUGGAGUGGUUCUGGUCCGAGUUUCCUCGACAAACUCGAAGUGUCAGAGUGGAAAGUUCAGAGGAAACCAGGAAACAGAGGGGGUGGAGCUUCACUGCAGGUGUGGAUGAUGCAGAGUCAGAGUGCGGGUUGGACAGAGACGUUAAAUUUGAUUGGAUAAUCAGGAACGAUGGCGACGCCUCCUCCUUAGACGAGCAGCUGCAGCCGAUCCUGAAGCUGGCGCAGGAAGCAGCUACAUCAUCAUCAUCAGCUGAUCAUCACUGAUCAGAACAUUAUUGAUAAGUGAUCAGUUUCCUGGAUGAGGCAGCUUCAGUCUGAACGUCAGAAGAAGCUGGUGGAGUGCUGCCUUUUUGCCUUUGAGCAGUGACUGUGUGCUGGUGCAUCAGGACUGAGUCUGCAGAUUAACUACAGCGCUCUGCAGGAAGUGAUGUCAUUAAACAGCGACUUUACUGUCAAAAGUCAAAUAUAACAAGAGAAUGUGGAGGUUUGUUUUCAAAUGUGUGAAAAAUAAAAACGAUUUCUUCCACAAAAUA